CACGUUUCCAUGGUGGUUGUGUGAUUGGAUGACUCAGAGCAUGAACCCAUACGCACUCGUGAAUUAUUCAUGAGCUGUCCAAUGCCAUCUAGAAAGAAAGGGGGGGGGGGGAUCCUUCUGCAACUUUACUCCUAGUUCCCAUAUUUCCGACAGCUCCUGAAUGCAGCAGCAGGCUGACUGGCUCUGUGAAGAUGGCGGACUGUAUACGUGUUCCUCUGCCCCUGCUUUUGAUGUGCAUCUUGUCGUCUGUGCAUCCACUUCGAGGAGAUAACAAUGCCGUCGCCAGACUUGCUGGUAAUGCCGAUAACCUCCCGAACCCAGCCGGAGGUCCGGGGCCGGCUGCGGUGAACCCGGGAGCCGCUGAGAGGAACCUGGGCGCUGGGGCCUCGCUUCCUCGGAGGCGCUCUGCCGGCUGGAAGUUGGCAGAGGAGGCGGUGUGCAGGGAGGACCUGACCCGGCUUUGCCCCAAACAUUCCUGGAACAAUAACUUGGCGGUGUUGGAGUGUCUCCAGGACAAGAAAGAGGAAACUGAGAUUGCCGCCGAAUGCAACCAUCUGCUGUGGAACUACAAGCUGAACCUGACCACCGACCCGAAGUUUGAGUCCGUAGCCGUGGAGGUCUGCAAGACGACCAUCUCCGAGAUUAAAGAAUGUGCGGCGGAGGAGCUGGGGAAGGGCUACCUGGUGUCCUGCCUGGUGGAUCACCGCAGCAACAUCAGCGACUACCAGUGCAACCAGUACAUCACCAAGAUGACCACCAUCGUCUUCAGCGACUACCGGCUGAUCUGCGGCUUCAUGGACAAGUGCCGCGACGACAUCAACACCCUGCGCUGCGGCAGCAUCAGCACGGGAGAGAAGGACGUCCACUCUCAGGGCGAGGUCAUCGCCUGUCUGGAGAAAGGUUUGGUGCGGGAGGCCGAGGAGCAGCCGGGGGCGCACGCCAUCAAGGACGACUGCAAGAAGGCCAUCAUGAGGGUCGCCGAACUCUCCUCUGACGACUUCCACCUGGACCGCUACCUCUACUUCUCCUGCCGCGAGGACCGCGAGCGCUUCUGUGAGAAUACUCUGGCCGGGGAAGGACGAGUUUACAAAUGUCUUUUCAAUCACAAGUUUGAGGAGGCGAUGUCAGAGAGGUGCCGCGAGGCGCUGACCACCAGGCAGAAGCUGAUCGCUCAGGACUACAAGGUGAGCUACUCGCUGGCCAAAGCCUGCAAGUCCGACCUGAGGAAGUACCGCUGCAGCGUGGACACCAACAUGCCCCGAGCCCGAGAAGCUCGCCUGUCCUACCUGCUGCUGUGUCUGGAGUCUGCUGUGCAUCGAGGUCGUGUGGUCAGCGGCGAGUGUCAGGGCGAGAUGAUGGACUACAGGCGGAUGCUGAUGGAGGAUUUCUCUCUGAGUCCCGAGAUCGUGCUGCACUGCCGCAGCGAGAUCGAGGGUCACUGCUCCGGGCUGCACCGCAAAGGACGGACGCUGCACUGCCUGAUGAGGGUGGGCCGAGGGGACAUGGGAUCAAUCGAUCCCAACUGUCAGAGAGCGCUCCAGACUCUGAUCCAGGAAGCCGACCCCGGAGCCGACUACCGCAUCGACCGCGCGCUGAACGAGGCGUGCGAGUCCGUCAUCCAGACCGCCUGCAAACACAUCCGGAACGGAGACCCCAUGAUCCUGUCGUGUCUGAUGGAGCAUCUGUACACCGAGAAGAUGGUGGAGGACUGUGAGCACAGGCUGCUGGAGCUGCAGUACUUCAUCGCCAGGGACUGGAAGUUGGAUCCCAUCCUGUAUAAGAAAUGUCAGGGCGAUGCAGCCCGGCUCUGUCACACUCACGGCUGGAACGAGACCAAUGAGAUGAUGCCCCCCGGCGCCAUUUUCUCCUGCCUGUACCGCCACGCCUACCGCUCUGUGGAGCAGGGACGCAGGCUCCACGCUGGAGCGUCUGAGGCAGAAAACCCCGGCGCCACUCUCUCCAGGGACUGUAAGGUGGAGGUGCAGAGGAUCCUCCACCAGAGGGCGCUGGACGUGAAGCUGGACCCCGAGCUGCAGAGACGCUGCAUGACCGACCUGGGGAAGUGGUGCAGCGAGAAGACGGAGGCCGGACAGGAGCUGGAGUGUCUGCAGGACCACCUGGAGGAUCUGGUGUCGGACUGCAAGGACGUGGUGGGAAACCUGACCGAACUGGAGUCAGAGGAUAUUCAGAUCGAGGCGCUGCUGAUGAGAGCCUGUGAACCCGUCAUCCAAACCCACUGCCACGAGGUUGCUGAUAAUCAGAUCGACACCGGGGAUCUGAUGGAGUGUUUGGUCCAGAACAAACACCAGAAGGAGAUGAACGAGAAGUGUGCGGUGGGAGUGACGCACUUCCAGCUGAUUCAGAUCAAAGAUUUCCGUUUCUCCUACAAGUUCAAGACGGCCUGCAAGGAAGACGUCCUCAAACUGUGUCCCAACAUCAAGAAGAAGGUGGACGUGGUGAUCUGCCUCAGCACCACGGUGAGGAACGACACGCUGCAGGAGGCCAAGGAGCAGCGAGUGUCCGUCAAAUGUCGUAAACAGCUGCGGGUGGAGGAGGUGGAGAUGUCGGAGGACAUCCGUCUGGAGCCGGAGCUGUACGACUCCUGUAAGCAGGACAUCACCAGACUGUGUCAGAACGUCGCCUACGGCAACGCACAGGUCAUCGAGUGUCUGAAGGAGAACAAGCGUCAGCUGACUUCACGCUGCCACCAGCGGAUCUUCAAGCUGCAGGAGGUGGAGAUGGUUGAUCCUGAGCUGGACUACCAGCUGAUGAGAGUCUGCAAGCACAUGAUCAGGCGGUUCUGCACGGAGUCGGAGGGGAAGAACACGCUUCAGUGUCUGAAGCAGAACAAGAACAGCGAGCUGAUGGAUCCCAAGUGCAAACAGAUGAUCACGAAGAGACAGAUCACUCAGAACACCGACUACAGGCUGAACCCGGUGCUGAGGAAAGCCUGUAAAGCCGACAUCCCAAAGUUCUGUCAACCCAUCCUGAACAAGGCGACGGCGGACAGCGAGCUGGAGGGUCAGGUCAUCUCCUGCCUCAAACUCAAAUACGCCGACCAGGUCAGAGUCUCGACUCGUUUGUCCUCAGACUGCGAGGAUCAGAUCCGGGUCAUCCUGCAGGAGUCGGCGCUGGACUACAGGCUGGACCCUCAGCUGCAGAUCCACUGCACACAGGAGAUCUCCAGGCUGUGUCCGGAGGAGGCAGCAGCUCAGGAGCAGACGGGGCAGGUGGAGGAGUGUUUGAAGGUCAACCUGCUGAAGAUCAAACAGGAAGGAUGUAAGAAGGAGGUGUUGAACAUGCUGAAGGAGAGCAAGGCGGACAUCUUCGUCGACCCUGUCCUUCACACAGCCUGCGCCCUGGACAUCAAACACCACUGUGCAGCCAUCCCACCCGGCAGGGGGCGCCAGAUGUCGUGUCUCAUGGAGGCGCUGCAGGACAAACGCGUUCGUCUGCAGCCCGAGUGCAAGAAGAGGCUUCAGGAUCGCAUCGACAUGUGGAGCUACGCCGCCAAGGUGGCUCCCGCCGAGGGUUUCUCGGACCUGGCCAUGCAGGUGAUGACGUCACCGUCCAAGAACUACAUCCUGACUGUGAUUGGUGCAGGCGUGGCGCUGCUCUUCAUGCUGGGGCUGCUCUGCGGCCGAUUCACCAAACGCGUCACUCAGGAGCUGAAGGACAGCGAGCGAGCGCCCCUCCUUCCUGCAGGGGGGAGGAGGGAGGGAGGGGGGAGGAAGCAGGCGGCGAAGGCUCAGAGUCCUCCGGGGAUCUACCUGCUCCAGCGGCCGGCUGUAGGGCAGUGAACGCCUCUUUUGAUUUCGGACCGUGAGCGUCUGCAGGACGCUGUGUGAUCUCCGGUCGGUUCCUCGCAGUUCUCGUUGUCCGACGCGAUGACGACUAGAACGUUUUUUUGAUUUUAAGUUUGUGAUGAUAAAAGAUCUUUUUGUAAACAAUGUUUUGUGUCUGAAUCCAUGGAGUUUGUGAUCAUCAGAUUUUUUUUUUUUUUUUUUUUUCUCUCUGUCCACUUUUCCUUUCGGUUUCUUUUUGUUGUUCUGUACAGAUGAAAAUUGGACAGUUUGUUAAUAAUAAUAAAGUCUGCAAGGUUUCUA